ACUUGUUUGCAGUCAGUAAGCUUCUAGUAUCACCACAAGUCAGAGAAACUACACUUUCACGAUGAAUUUAGUAAUUUUCAAGUUUCUACUGGUACUCAGUACGCAGCUGAUUAUUCAAGAAAUAGUGGCAAUGAAAUUACUGAAAUUAGAAGAUAAAGUUAAAAAGGCGUUAGAUAAGGGUAAAACUGACAAAGCCAAGAAAUACUUACGGUAUUUUGGAUAUCUGAGUGGUGAUUUUAACACCGAACAAGAUAUGAAGAAAUCCUUGAAAGGCUUUCAGUAUUAUGCUGGUAUUCCAAUGACUGGCCAGCUCGACGACGCAACUGUCAACCAGAUGCAAAAACCAAGAUGUGGAAUGAAGGAUCCCAAAAUCUCUUUUGAGGUUGGAAGAAGAAGACGGUACAAUCUGCAGGGAGCAAAAUGGGAGUUUCCGGAAGGGUCAGACCGCACACUAACAUGGUAUUUGAAAAACAGUGGAAGCUCAAUUGGUUACCAGAGAAUGAGAUUUGUUGUACACGAGGCUCUUAGCAAAUGGCAGAAAGUGGCGAACAUCAACUUUAAAGAAUCCCCAAGGUCUGACAAGGCUGACAUCUUCGUCAGCUUCGGGUCCGGGCACCAUGGAGAUCAUUACCCCUUCGAUGGUCCUGGUGGCACCCUCGCACACGCUUUUUAUCCACUUGCGGGCUAUGACAUCGGGGGUGACAUGCACUUCGACAACGAUGAAACUUUCACCUACAAAAAAAACUAUGGCUCUGACAUCAUGUGGGUAACUGUGCAUGAGGCCGGUCACAGCCUUGGACUGGAACAUUCGUACGAAAAAAGUGCCAUUAUGUACGCUUGGUACCAAGGAGGUUACAAAGGAGAUUUUGAUCUGACUCCAGAUGAUAUUAGAGGAAUACAACAUUUGUACGGAAAAAGACCUGAAACGCCUGCAACACCGCCACCAACCACUACACAGGAACCCACGACAACGCAGCCUCCAACGACCACUCAAGAGCCAACGACCACUCAAGAGCCAACGACCACUCAAGAACCAACGACCACUCAAAGGCCAACGACUACACAAAUGCCACCAGAGCCACCAACAACCACACAAGUGCCAGAUCCACCAACGACCACACAAUCGCCACCAGAGCCACCAACGACCACACAAUCGCCACCAGAGCCACCAACGACCACACAAUCACCACCAGAGCCAAGAAAGCCGCACGGUAUGAAAGACUGUAUGUCAAAGAUUGAUGCAGCGGUACACGAUCCUACGACUGGCUGGGUUUUUGUAUUUUCAGGGGAGAACUUCUAUUUAGCUUCCAAAAGAGGUUUGCGUUAUGGACCUAUCGGGGUAAAUAGUUACUUCCGGGCCGUGAAAGGGGCAGUGACAGCAGCUUACAUCCGGCAAAACGAUUUUUCACUCGUUCUGUUCGCAGGAGAUAAAUAUUACAUAUACAAAGAUUUUCAACUGGUUCAAGGUGAGCGACCAGUAACAGACUUCGGGUUGCCCCAUGGGACAAAAGUUGAUGCCGCUCUUCAAUGGCAAGGCAGCAGCCGUGUAACAUGGACUGCAGGCACGAGAACGUACCUCUUUACAGGAACCAAGUAUUACCGAUACAAUGAAAUCAAAAAGAAAAUUGACAGAUUUUAUCCUCGAGUGAUCAGCAAGGCGUGGAGGGGCCUUCCUUCUAAAAUUUCUGGUGCCGUGACCUGGUUUAAAGUGAAUGGCCGUGGGGACACACACUUCGCUGCUGGAAAUUCAGUUUACGUUUUUAAUGAUGAAAUGAUCAAAGUGAAACCUGGAUACCCACGCCAUAUUAGCAAUUGGCUCAAAUGUUGGUCUGACGAUGCUCCUCCACAGUCAAGACGAUUCCCUGGCAUUGGUUCGCUGAUGUUUGCCUCGGAAGAAAGUGCAAAGGAUCGAGGCUCCUCGCCUUAGAAUCACUUUGUUAUACGAAUGAAGAUGGAAACUUUCUUUUGAAUUCUAUCAGAUAUAUAGAUUAAAAAAAUAAAGCUUUGGAUUGUAUGAUAUAUAUUAAACAGUUUUACAUUUUUGCUAAUAGUUUUAUAGUUUUAAGCUAACAGUGUGAAAAGUCAUAUAUUAUGAUAUUCGUAUACAUA